GCAUUUGAUCCCUCGAUUUUGAUUAUUAUCGUGGGCUGCUUCAUGUUUGUAAUCACAUUCUGCGGAUGUAUUGGAGCUCUGAGGGAAAACAAACUCUUACUACGAAUUGUAAGUUACCGGUAAAUUAUGUAACUAUUCUGCUUUUAAGAUCCCCAUGAAAAUUCAAGGGUUGUCGCUAAGAUUUCAAGUUGCCAAAGUUAAUACAACAAGUAGGCAGGGAAUCAAACAGCUAGGGGUUUCUAACAGUUUUUCAAGGUUCAUAUUUGUUGUUUGUAACAUUUGAUAUUAAAUAUAAUACUGGGGAGACAUAUUUGUUUGACACAAAGCUGUAAUUUUGUUAUUCGCAAGGAAUGUCUCAAGUUCAGGAUGAAGACUUGUAAUUGGCAUUAUAAACAAAAUGAAGUAGGCAGCUGUGACAGAGCUCCUUUAAUAUCAUGAUUAUUUUAAAUUUUGUAGUUUAUGGGAUUACUCACCAUUAUCUUCAUCUUGGAACUGGUCACAGGAUUUGUUGCAUUCUUUUUUGUUGACAAGGUAAAAGGAAUUAAAUUGUUCAUACACACCUUUGCGAAGUCCAAUGAAAGCUUUUAGUUUUGUUUGCGAGUGUUUGUUUGCGAUUGUUUAGACUGUCUUUAAUAAUACCUAUAGGCUCAAAUAGUAAACAGCAUCUGAUCUUUCACUAUGUCACUGAAUUUAACAGAAGGUCAUUGAAGAAAAGGAAAUGACCUUUUCCCCUGCACUGUUACCAUACAAGAUUUGAAGGAAACUAUGCAAAUCAGAGAAAGAAAAAAAAGAUGGAUGUAAAUUUUUUAGAAAUCAAAACUGACUAUGUCUUAACUGUCCAACCACCCAUAGCCUCUCUGUUUCUAAUAAUAAGUCCAUUGAGGUAAUUAUAGGUGAGAGACAUCUUGUGGGAGGCAGCAGUAGGAGGCAGCAUGGCAGAGUGGUCAGCGCGUCAGACUAGCAAUCAGACCAUCCCGGGUUAGAGUCCCACUCUGGCCACUUGCUGGAUUUGUUCUCUGUCAUCCCAAGUUCAAAUCUUCAGCCACACUUGUAAAUAGCCAACUGGCUGCCUCCCGCCAGUUGGGGUUUUUAAUCCUGUUAUGUUUUAUUUGCAUUAUCUGUUUCAGAAUUAUUUGAAUGGAGUGCCUGUAAACUAGCUGGAUAAGCUAAGUGCACUUGCCACUAUAACCAAACCUUUGAAUUAAAAAGACAUAAAUGGUCAUUUGCAUAAAAAAUAGAGGAUGCAAGUUCUUGUUCUUCAGACUGCUACUCUCACUUUUCAAAUCUUGCCUCUUGCGGUGCAUGAGUACUGUUGGGCCUCUUUGACUUUGUCUACUCACAAAGUUUUUUGAAAACAAAAGAUUCUCAAGAACAAUAGCAUACAUAAUUUUAUUUGAGGGUUGUUUCCUGAGAACUCAGUUAAUGGUUUUAUAGUUUUCAACGGUUGCAUAAUUGAACCUUAAAUUUAUUUGCAAAAAAAUUGAGAAUCUUUUGUUCAUAGAAAACGUUGGGAUUGGACAAUUCUCUAGCAAGUGUCCCGGUUUGAGUGUCUGCAAUGUACUAAAAGUAAAAACGGGAUAGAAAUAAUUGCUUGCAUUAUAGAGGUUUCUGUACAAUAGUAUAAAGUUUUAUUGCUUUGUCUGGCAUUUUUGACAUUGUAUAAAGAAUCGGCCAUACAAUUUUGGAGAGAUGUCUGUAUUUUAUCUCGUUUGAUCAUCUUCUUCCACAUUCAUUACAAUAAAGCCAGAGCAAACUAAGCUCUUUAUUCGAGGCCAUAUCUGGCCCCAUGUAUAAGGCAAUCCAAAUUCCAAAAUCUGGGAAAUUUUUGCUCGUGGAAUUCGGUAUCCUGGGCUUUGGAAUCUGGAUUUCAGCCUUAGGAAUCUGAAACCCCGCUAACGUUUGGAAUUCAGAAUCCAAGUUCCUGCUGAUGAGGAAUAUUGAAUCUACAGCGUAGAUAAAUACAGAAUCCAAGACUGCUAGGGAUUGCCUUACCUGUCUGAGAUGGGGCAACAUAUCCCUUAUAACAAAUCCCUGAAAAUUGUUUUUAAAAAAAUCAUGGGGGUACUUAACGACUGUUUUCUGUAAAAUGUCUGUUCGAGGCAAAUAUUGCGUAGAAUUUUUAGUACUUGAAGAUGGCCAAAAAUUUCUAGAUGACCGUUCUUUUCAUGUACAAUUUUCGAAGCUUACCUCAUAAUUUCCCUAUGAUUUUCUUAAGUUUAAUUUCUCACAUUUCACUUCCGAGGUUACGCUAUUUUUCGUAGAAAAAAGGAAACCGAAAAUUUUUGGAUUUAAAAAUGUGAUGCAUGGAGAGAGGAAUCUAAAAAAUUCUUACUUUCGAAAUACAUUAAAUCGCACCUAAAAUUUUCAGGAAAAGAAAACCAUGAAGACCCUUGUAAUUUUGAAAAGACUUAAGUUCCCCUAGGAUGACCGAACAGAUACAAAUUUUAUAGCACCGCUUAGAAUGUAUUUCUAGAGAUCGAUAAGUAUACUGAAUAAUCUUUAAGAGUGAUUUCAAUGUAUUUAGGAGGAAACCGUCGUUGGGCGCCCCUGAAAUCAGUCAAAAUACCUAAGUCUAUUAUCCCUGCAGACCCGUAGUAAAGUGAAAGAGGCAACAUACAAGGUGAUCAAGCGGUACAGAGAUGACCCAGAUCUUCAAAACGCCAUAGAUGGAAUACAGAAAGGAUUGAAAUGCUGUGGAGGAUACUCUUACCAUGACUGGGAACAUAAUGAGCACUUCAACUGUUCAGUCAAAACAGUACAGGCAUGUGGGGUACCCUUCUCAUGUUGUCGCGAGGUAAGCAUAUCUGCGCUCUUGAGCCAGAUCGCCGUAUGGUCAGUUGCUUCUUAAAGCAUUUGAAAAGAAAAAUGAGAAGUAACAUUACAGUAAAACUCCGCGACUAAGAGCCUGUUAGGCUAAAAUUUGGCACUUAAAGGAGCUGUGUCACGAAAUUCAGCCAAAUUAGGACACGGGUAUUACAAAACGACCGUUAAAUCCAAGAGAAAGAUAAAAAUAACCGCUUAAAACAUUAAAGGAAGGUUAAAAUAACACAACAGAUACAACAGAUGUCACGGAUGGGCAAAAGUGACGAAGAUUGAAAAGGACUGAAAUUAAGGUCUUUGAAAACUGUUCAGCCUAACAGUUUUUCAAAGUUUAUCUCUGCUGUUUGCAACUUCAAAAAUAAUGCUCAGGAGACAUAUUUGUUUGUCUUGAAUCUCUGACUUUGUCACUUACAUGUAAUUUCUUUGCUUACUUUAAGUUCCAUAGCGAUUGAAGGCGAGUAAUUGGGAAAAUUAAACAAAAUGAACUGGACUGCGGUGACACAGCCCCUUUAAGCCCCCUCUAUUUAAGAACCUGUUUAGCCUAGAAUUUGAAACAGGUUCUUAUUUUCUAAAAUCUAUGAAAAAAUUCUGUGCACUUGGGCAAAUAACGUAAGUCAGCAUUAAGAAUCCUCUUUGGAGACACACAAUUGCUAUUACUACUACUGACCAAAUCAUUUUCAUCUCUCGGAAGAGCUCUACCUGGGAUAGUCUCCUUUGUAGACGCUCGGGCGGGAGUCACGCAGGAAGCUUGCGUGACUCCGGCCCGAGCGGCUACGAAGGAGACUAUACCUGGCAAGGCUCAGUGAAGAUAAAUCUAUAAGUCUUUCAAUGCCUCGCAUGGGAUAAAGUGGAAGAUGAGCGUCAGACUGGGUCGCUGUUGUGUCGAAUUGCACUAUGGGACUGUUUUGGGAACACUGUCCAUUGGUUGUUGCCAGGUUACACAGGAAAUUGGGUUAAAACAUUCCCAGAGUUCCCCUAAAAACGCCUACGUGAGAGCGAGGCUAGCUAUUGUGAUAUGGUGGGGCUAUUUUUCAGUGUCUUUUCAAUCUUUUUUUCAAAACUCUUUGAUAAUUCAUAAAGAAAAACUAAAGAAAUUAGUGUUUAAUGAGUGUCUUUAUAUCUGAUAAAGGUGCGGCUUAACUUUACGUCCAAUUUUUUAGACCAAGAUAACCUCAAAUCUAAAUAUUUGUCCAAGAAUGAGGUGAUCUAUAUCAGAGAUUUUUAAGCCGUGCAAAAAACUCGCAGUUGUGUAUUAUCAGGUGUAAAAACUCUCGGUUUCGUCUUGAGUUUUACGUCAUUUGGUGUUUGCAGGUAUCCCUAACACCGAAAAAACUAACAAAAUUGACCUAUUACAGGGUACCAAGAAGAGUUGCUCGCUGCAUAAUUUUUGUUUACACCGAUAUUCUUUGUCGAACAGGAUCAAAUAAAUACACAGUGUGGAUUUUCUGUACGACGAGAGAAACUCGUAAGUACCUUUUAUUAAUCAGUACGCGCCGCAAACAAAUUUUACCAAAGCAAAAGGAAAAAGGACGACGUGUAUUACUAAAUUAAUAUCAUGCACCUGCUUUGCUUGUUUAGUCGAGGUGUUACAGAUCUACUCUAUACUGUAAAAGAUUACAUUUUUGUGGCGUUCUAUUCCUUAGACCUCUCAGUAACUGCGGCCACAUUGUGCGUGACCCCUCCUAAAAUGUUGUGCAAUUGGACAAUUGAGGGAAUUCCACUCAUUUUAGGUAUCCUACUGAUAAACUGCUACUACUAGGAUAUUUGCUGGAUCGACAGGCCAUACUUGUAGUCUGUCCCCUUCGAAUUAUAGUGUCGUCUGUAUAAAGUAGAACUUAUAUUCUAACUGCUUUAUCGUAGUUGCCAGAUUCUGCUGACAGCUUCCCCUCUUCCAUUGUUUGUGAACUCGUCUUAAACAAUGAUUUUAUUACAAAUAGGUAUGAAGAGUCCUGGAACUCAUUUUGUGAAAAAUCAUGAGUUCCAGUUCAAAAAAAAGUGAGUCCGAAAUUGAAAAUGCUUCAGGGACGCGCCUUUAACCAGACAGUUAAUCUGAAGACAGACUCCAAAACUCUGUAUUACAGUUUACUGAAAUUCAAAUAUAGUCAGUUCUAUUUUAAAGCACAACAAAGACUAAAAGAAAUAUGCAUCGUUAAACAACAGCCAUAAUGACUGCCACAGAAAUUACGCGAACGGGCCGGAUAUUUCUUCAAACACGCAUGUUCAGAUCGAUCGGUUUUUGCGUCCUACGGGACGCAUGCCAUAAAUUAUUUUCGCCUUUGGGGAUUUGCUUUGCGUCAGGGACGCAGGACACAGAGGUAACAAAAUCACUACUAGAAAUAUCGGAAUUUUUAAAAAAACACGAUUCGAAGCCUCUCAUAAGCCAGUGUUCAUUCAAAUGUGGCAUGUGUGCAAACUGUCCUGUGCGCAUCUCUCACUUGGUAUCUACAACAUUUGUAUUCCUUAGGAAACAGAAGCUCCCUCGUUGAUUUACACCCAAGGAUGUAUAGACAGCCUGACAAACUGGAUUAACGACAAUCUUCACAUCGUUGGCGGUCUGGCAUUUGGUUUUGCAGUUAUCCAGGUCAGUGUGUAUUUCAGUUUAAAGGAGCUCUGCCCCGGCUGUCUUUUUAAGUUUAUUUUGUGUAAAAUGGCAAUUACGCGUCCUUGUUCUCUAUGGAAAUUAAGAUUUUACUUCUGAAUGACAAAAUCACAGCUUCGUGUCCAGCAAAUGCACCUCCCAAACAUUUUUUCAAACGUUAAAAACAUCAAAUGAACCUUGAAAAACUGUUAGGCUAACAACUGUUUUCAAAAAGCAUAAUUGCAAUCUGUUUAAUUCUCUUCCAAUCACGUUUGUUUAUCCAUUCGUCUUUUUGUAUUUGCUGUGUUAUCUAUAUAUGUAAAUUCUUUCCUUAAUUUCUUCGGUUUCACUCAAUUUGGUGAUAGUUCCCACCGUCUGAAUUUUGGUGAAUUUCUUGACACAGUUCCUUAAAACAUUCAUCAGUAAUUUCACUGUGGGUCAGCUACUCCGUUAGCAAAGUACUCUUUAAGAUUGCCGAUAAGGUAUCCAGAUCGUUGGUGGGUAUCAGGUCGUUUCGCCCGAAGUUGUUUUGCCCGAACGUAAGUCGAUUCGCCUGAUGUUAAGUUGUCGCUCUUUAAGACUGAAAAAAGGAAUAAGCGUGAAAAAACAGUAACUGCACAUGUGGGUCAAAAACUUUUCCAGCGAAAACGUGAACAAAAAUACAAAUUACACAUCAAAGAUCUAAUUGUUUCGAUUGCUGAGGUACAUAUAGACUUCAGUUUUUAUGUACAGUCUGUUGUCUCGAAUAUGAUUAUCAAGAUCGCUAAAAUCUUUCAGAUCGCUCGACCUUUAAUUUUUUAGGAAUCGCAGCAAUAGAGACCAAUAGAAUCCAAGCUUAACUAAAAACAUCGCUGAUAUUAAAGGCGUGUUGAAGAGUGUUGUUUGUCUUCGGGCGAAUGGACUUACGUCCGGGCGAAACGCGACCACAGUGAGUGGGACCCUCAGUGAUGUUGUGAUGCUUUUUUUGUGGGGGGGGGGAGGGGAGACUGACAGGUGCUCAGUCUUCUUGAAGGCUAAACAAUGUACAGUGAAUCAUAAUUUCCUGACCAUAAUAAUAGAAGUAAUUAGAUACUGCUAUGAAACCCUUUGAAACCUUUCUUUUCUGGUUUUCCUUCUCUAGCUACUCGGCAUACUUGGCGCUUAUAACAUGAUCCGAGACAUCGACCUGAUAUUGAAGUCAGCGGACAGCGAGACAGGAAUAAACUAUAUGCUAUGA